ACUAUAUUCGUCUCCUGUCAACAUCUCUCAUGAAAUUGUGAAAUGUAGAACGAAAUAAAGCUCAAUAGGAAAAAGAUAAACGCUACUCCUCCACGACUUUUUGAUACCGCCCGUGGCGAAAAAAGAACACCAACAAGGUAAAGAUGCGGCGUGGGAUGGUGGGCCCGGGUGGCAAGGCCGCCUUGUUAAAGGAGCGCGAGCGGAAACUACAGAUGGCCGGGCUGGGUGAGGAAAUUCUUGCCAUGAAGGUGGACGCGGCGAAGGAGUUGUGCAAAACGUUUCGUACGCAGCUUUCCGCGUUCGCGAGUACGUACCGCGACAAAAUCAACACGGAUCCGAAGCUCCGGAAAGAUUUUACCGACAUGUGCCUCGCAAUCGGCGUGGACCCGCUCGCGUUUAGCAGCUGGCCCGGCGAAGAUGAAGCUGAUGACGAACAGCGGCAGCGCCGCGGCGUGGGGGCUUUUCUGCAAAAACUUCUCGGAACAACGGCAAGUCGCGGCAGCUCGAGCGCGCAAGUACUAGAGAAAAAAGAGCAAGAGGCCGUGGCGAGGCGAGCGCGCUCGCAACGAGCCUUUUACGCGGAUUUGGCCGUCCGGGUGAUGACCACCUGUUUGACCACGCGAAAACAAAACGGGGGACUCCUACUGCUCACUGAGCUGCUGCAAAUUUUAAACGGCGGGAGGAACAACGCGGCUAUUGAGAGCAACACGGGGGCUUGUUCUACUACAACUUCUUCGCAAACAAGAGCAUCUUCACAUGUAGCAGCUGCAGAAGAACAGCUCUCACAACCAAGUUCGGCGUCGCAAGAAGGACCUCGUCCCGCAACCACUGAAAUAACGGAAAAGGAUGUUCUCAUGGCGGUGGAGCUGCUAGAAACGUCCUUCGGUUCCGGCGUGACCGUGAAGCGGUUGGCGAAUGACGUCCGCGUGGUGUCGUCCGUGCCCGAGGAGCUCGACACGGACCAAAACUUGGUGCUGGAAUUUGCAGGGCGUGAAGCCGGGGUGCUGCCGCGGGACGCGUUUCUGCGCGACGAGAGGUUUCAGCUGUGGUCCCCCAGUCGCGUGGAAAAGGUGUUGCGGUUUUUCGUGCGCGAGCAGCUGUGUUGGGUGGACCGGGACCCAGAGAGUGGGGCGGAAACCUUCUGGUUCCCCUCGAUGACCAUGACUUUGCUGCGGGUGGACCAAGACGAUGGAUGA